AUGGAACUUAAUCCAAACACUCUCAAUAUUAUAAUAGCAAGCAUUUUCGCGCUAAUCUGCACAUGCUUACAAAUAGCCAUCCAAGAGCAGCUUGAAGACUCAAGCGCAGAUUACAUAGAAUGGCUUCAAACCGACCGCACCUCAUUCAGCGAAUUUAUAUUCAAAUCAUUUGGAUUUAUUACUCAGCUAGUCUAUGUAGGCACUGGAGUUAUUUUAUUCCUUAGCUUUGAUCGUCACCUAGGCUUUCUGACUCUAAGUUUUGGCUUAAUAGGAGCUGCUUCAUCGACUUUACUAAAACUUAUGUAUGCCCAGCCAAGACCUUAUUGAAAAUAUUCUCAUAUUGCUGGCUUAGACUGUGCUACAGACUGAGGAACCCCAUCAGGCCAUGCCUUGAGUGCUGGUUGUGUUCUAUUCUAUAUAGGGCCAAUUUGGAUUAAUUCCUCUAAAAGAAAACUAUGAAAAGUAUGUGUAAUUAUUUUUGCUGUUUUUAUUACAGGAUUUAAUAGAAAUUAUUUAGGGGCGCAUUUUUAUUCCCAAGUCGUGCUUGGGUAUUCUUAUUCUUUGCUAUUUAUUUCUAUUAUGGCUUAUCCUUAUAUAUAUGAAAAAUUAAGGAAAAUUAGUAAAGAGGUGGUUUAUUUUACUCAUGGGUUAGCAGGGGUUAUGUUUUUGACAGCAAGUUUGCUGUAUUGUUUUAGAAAGCCGUAUUGAGAUGAAGAGUGGGGGAGAAAUUAUAGUGAAAAAUGCGGAGGGAAGCUGCACGAUGGGAAGCCUAUGAUAAGUGAUUUUACGCAGACUAGCUAUAUCUGUAUAGUGGCUGGAUUGAGUUUGGGGUAUUUUAAGUUGGAGAUUAAGGGGUUGCCAAAAUUUAAUAUUAUUCUUUUUGAUUGUGAAUAUAUGGAUGAAUAAGAAGAUUAUUUUACUAUUUUUUAUGUGAAAUGGAUAGGGCUUUUUCUAAUAUGUUUGCGCAAUUUUAUUAACUCCCCCCAUUUUUACCUGAGCGAGCAAACAUAUUCUGUUUGCUCAAGGUAUUUUAUUUUUUUAAAAAUAUUAUCUACAAAUUUUAUAAUAAUUUUUUAUUCGAAAAUUUAAAAAAAUCGCAAUUGCAAAAAAUCGAAAGCAAAGAUUAAUUUGAUUUGUAAAAUUUAUGUUUUAAAGUGGAAUAAGCUGAAACUUCAAUAUAAUAGUUAUCACUUAUAUAUUUAAUUUUUUUUCAUAAAAAAUUUCUAUAUUAAAAAUAUUUUUGUUCGCUUCGGGCAGUGGGCUUUUUAUCCAAAAAAUAGGGAGAGGGGGAGUAGCAAAUUAUAAAAACCUUGCGAUUUCUCUAGGAAUCGCAGGGACUUGUGCUGGGAUAAUCUUAGGCUGUGUUUUUUUGUUUUCAUUAUUUUUGGAUGGAAUAUUUUUAGCUUUUGCUGUAGGACUAACAGGGUAUUUUGGAGGAUUUUCAUUAGGCAAUGUAGUUCCUUUACUUAUUUAUAGGUUAUUAGGAGUCAAAAUUGAUAAAGGUGAAUUUGGCUUUAAGUUUCGUGAGAUUGACGAAGUUGAUUUGCCCAGGGUGGGAUAUAAACCAUAA